AUGGCCGCUCCAGCGACGACAGGACGGGCAGUGCCAGACAGCCAGUGGGGGGAGGGCCGAGUGGCACUGGUCACGGGGGGAGCGCGGAGAGUCGGGAAAGCCAUCGCGUUCGCUUUGCACCGGCGAGGUUUCAACGUGGUCGUUCACUGCAACACUUCGAGGACGGAGGCGCAGGCCGUUGCUGACGAGCUCAACAGCGCGCGAGCGAACAGCGCCCACGUGAUCUCCGGCGACCUGUCCGCGUCGGUGGCGGCGACGGCGCAGCGGCUGGUGGCGGAGGCGCAGGCGCAGUGGGGCCGCCUCGACCUCCUCGUCAACAACGCCUCGCUCUUCUUCCCGACGCCGAUUGCUGAGGCCUCCGAAGACACCUGGACGCGGCUCAUGAACACCAACGCCAUGUCCCCUUAUUUCCUCAUGCAGGCCGCGGCUCCUCACGUGAAGCAAGUGGGCGGGAGCAUCCUCAACCUCGGCGACAUCGGAGGAGAAACGCCCACGCCGCCCUAUUUCACCAUCUACAGCAUGACGAAGGCGGCGCUUAUUAUGGCCACGAAGCAGCUGGCCAUCGAACUCGCGCCGGAGGUUCGUGUGAAUUACAUCAACCCUGGAGCAGUGAUCUGGCCAGAGACCGACGUUGGAAAUACAUUCCAAAAGGAGUGGUUAUCGAGGACUCCCUUAGGGCGGGAGGGAUCGGGGGAGGACGUGGCAGAGGCAGCCGUGUUCCUGGCAUCUCCCGCGGCAGCCUACAUUACCGGUUCCAGCAUCAACGUCUGUGGAGGGCGCUCGGUCAUGAGCUGAGGACGCGCAUGAACUGACGGAGGAGUUGAUUGGUCGCCUCGCUCGGCCUUCGUGGGAUAUUGGGAUCAUUUUUUCUUUUUGUAGAAUUCAAUCAGUUUUAUCAUUUUUAUUACUAGUGGUAUUGUAUCAUGUCGCUUAUAUGCUUACGUGCGAGAUUUUUUUUUUAUUGUUAUUGAUUGUGGUUUAUGAAGACGAAUGCCUCAUGCACGUCUCUUCACAAAAUCGUCCGUGAGAAGGUAUGAUCUAAUCGUGCGGUGUAAAUCGAUCUCUUUAAAUAAAGAUUUCCAUCCUCA